AUGAACGUUGUACAAAGGGACACGCGAGUUCCCAAAUUUAAACAACGAUUUAAAAAUGAACUUGUGAGAAAGGAUGCAUCUUUAGGUAUUCGAGGUGGUAUGGCCAUUUUACCACCUAAUAAGGUACCACGGUAUCAAUUUAAUGCAGAAAACAGAACGGCAACUCUAAAACGAACAUCGGCAAUGGGACCUCCUUUAGGGUCGCCCCGAAGUCUUAAGCGCAAGAUUUUAUAUAAUUCAAGCUCUGCGAAACCAGAAUCUUCAUCGAGUGGUCAAGCAAGACCUAGGAUAUUAGCAAGUGACUCUGGUGCAGCGGAUACGUCGCAAGAUUUCGUUACGCCGAAAAGAAGACCGCAGGCCAUUAGAUACAUAAGUAGCAGUAGCAGGGGUGGCUACAGUGGAACUAGGUCUGCACGUUCGACUUCCACUUCUGUGGUUGAGGCCAGUGUUAUUUUAGCAAUUUCCGAAGGGAGAGGUAUGGCUCGAGGUGAAAUCGGAAUGGCAGCAGUGGACCUCAAGCAUCCACAUCUUGUGCUGUGUCAGUUCAGCGACACCUUGCUUUACACGCAUACAAUGACAAAAAUCAAUUAUUUUAAUCCGGUCGAGAUAAUAGUGCCGCACACGUUCUGCGAGAGCGCACAGCCCAGUCAAUUGUACAAAUUGAUCAAGGAUCAUUAUCCGUUGGUGAAUCUAACGACAGUACAAAGGAGACAUUUCAACGACGCCGCCGGACGGCAACACAUACAAACGCUUUGUGCCCCACAGUACAGUGCCGUUUAUUUGCAAGUGUUGCAGAAAUUCUAUGCUCUAACGGCAGCGGCAGCCGUACUGAAAUAUGUUGAAUACAUACAAUGUAUUGUCUUUGCCAGGGAAUCUUUAAAGAUCGAAUACCAUUCUUCAGAACAUACUAUGAUCAUCGACGUAGGAACGGCAACUCAACUAGAGCUAGUUCAACCACUAGUCCCAUCAGCUGGUCCCACAUGUUGCCUACUAGGAGUGUUAGGUCCUACAUAUACUGUUGGCGGUAUACGAGCGCUAAGAGCUGCUAUUCUACAGCCUUCUUGUAAUAAAGAGUUUAUUGAAGCAAGGCUCGACACUGUACAAGAAUUAAUCGAGAGUGAUACUGGCUUGAUGGUGGAUUUACAGGAUAUAAUUAAAAAACUCUCUGAAAUUGACAAGAUAUUAUUUCUAUGCAUGGAAACGCCAAACACGAACAUCGACAAAUUUGGCGAGGCGCAACUCAAUCAAACAUUACUUCUAAAAACGACAAUGGAGAUGGUACCUAAGCUAGUGGAAGCUCUAAAAACAGCUGAAAGUGGAAAAUUAAGAAAAAUAAAAAUGGAAUUCGAGAAUCCAAAUUACAAUGAAAUAGCUGAACGUAUUCGUAAAAUAAUCCAAGACGAUGCGCAUUUGGAGAAAGGUGCAAUGGGUAGCUUACAAAGAUGCUUCGCUGUGAAACCGGAAAUAAAUGGUCUUCUAGAUGUUGCUAGAAGGACUUACUCGGAAUUGAUAGAAGAUAUACAGAAGAUAGUGGAACAGCUCAGCGAGAGUUAUGACUUGCCGAUAAGACUAAACCAAAACGUUACGAAAGGUUUCCACAUUGUGUUACCAGUUGCGCCAAAAAACAGAAGAAAUUACAACGUUGAAGACUUACCAGAUAUAUUUAUUCAGGUGCACUUCAACGGUACUAGUGUGUCAAUGACUACUGAAGAACUCGUGGUUCUUGAUCAACAGGCUAAGGAGUCGCUCAAUGAAAUACAGAAAAUGAGUAAUAUAGUUAUUUCAGAGUUACUUAAAGAAUUGCGUCCUUUUAUGUCAAGCCUUUACAAACUCUGCGAAAAUGUCGCUGAAUUAGACAUUUUAUUAGCCUUGGCGCAAGCAAGCUCUAUAGGUUCGUACAUAAGGCCGCAAUUCAACAGCUACUUGGACGUGAGAAACUGCGUGCAUCCUCUAUUGGACUACAAUAGUCAAACGAUGCCGGUGCCUAACGAUGUAUUUGCGAGCCCUGAAUACAACUUUACAAUAAUUACCGGACCUAAUAUGGGAGGCAAAAGCAUUUACAUUAAACAGAUUGCUAUUAUGCAGAUCAUGGCGCAGCUGGGAUGUUUCCUACCGGCAACGAAUGCGGUCUUAAGACUUUGCGACCGUAUAUUUUCUAGAAUAGGAUUCAAUGAUAGCGUUGAACUAAAUGCCUCUACAUACGUCUACGAGAUGAAGGAAACUCAACACAUUCUAAAAGGGUUGACAACAUCCAGUCUUGUUAUUAUUGAUGAAUUGUGCAGAGGAACUUGUUCGGAAGGAGGCACAAGCAUGGCCUGGGCUAUUUGCGAGGAAUUGAUAAAUAGCGAAGCGUUCACAUUUUUCACUACACACUUUUUGAUUUUAACGAGACUGCAAGAAUUAUACUAUAACGUAGUCAACCGCCACACAUUAGUGACCGAAGAAGUUGCAGGAAAAGAUAAUACAGAACGAAAGCUGAUUUAUCACCAUAAAAUCGAACCAGGAGUUACGAAAAUUGAACAUUACGGCUUAGGUCUAGCUGCUAAAACAAAUUUACCCGAAGAAACUGUAAAGCUUGCUUGGGAAAUAGCUAAAUUGAUUGUGAAAAAUAAAACGCCAUAUUCUACGACAAUUGUAGAAAAGAGUGACGAAGAACUUCUUUACAAGCUUCAUGCGGAUAUUAAAUUGGAGAUGUGGAAAAACUUCAACGCAAGGGAGAAAAUAAAAGAAAUUAUUUAUAAAUUUAAAAUGGACAACCCACAAUUAAUCGAAAGAAUUAAAUCACAAAAAAAUAGAUCUAUUGUUUCAUCUGACUCUCCUGUUGAAUUUUCUUCUGAAAGUAAUGUAACUAAAAAACAAGUAGUUACUGAGGAUCUGAGUACAAAAAAUGUCGAAACUAUCAUCGAAGGAAAAACUACACCUAGAAGUCGAAAAACACAAAAUAUGUAUUUACCUCAAGCCUCUACUUUGCCACAAAAACUUACAACAACCGAAAGUUAUAAAAACAUUGAAGAUGAUAGCUACGCUACUGUUAAGCUAUCAACCGAAUUAUUAAAUACGUUUCCAAACAGAAAAGGCCAUUUCGAUGCUAAAGAAGUUAUUUCUCAGAGCAUAACAACAGAAAUAAAUUAUAAUUAUUCACCUCAUUUAAGUAAAAAAGAACCUAGAAGAUAUGAAAACAGUGUUUCAACGAAUGAAAAUGAUAAGAGCGCCAGCAAUGUUCAGAUUGAUUAUGUUAAUGUAUUACAUCAAGAAUACAGUAAUACUGGUGAUAUUGGAACCAUAAAUGGUAAUUUACAUACAAUGCACGUGGGAGAUGAAUCGAGAUCGGAAAAUGAAAUAAAUUCAAAGGAUGAGGAUUCAGUUGAUAACAACAUAGAUGUAGCAGACGCAUUAACACAGAUAGUUGAAGAAUAUUCUAUUUCGUCUCGUUCUAGUUCACGUUCUAGUCUCGUUGAAGAUAGUAACAAUAUUUCUUUAGAAGAAUUAAUGCAAGAAACUAUUGAAGAUAUCCACAAAGAUUUAGAAGGAAUUGACGAUAUAGAAAGUGUUAUUCUAACGCCACCGCUAAGUUUUCGUGAUUCCAAUAAUUAA